GCUCAGGCGUUUCUUUACGUAUCCUCUCACUUUUUCCCCCCAGAUGAAACACCCCCAGCUGUCACUCUGCAGUGGACACCUUGUAGUUCAGUGUCGGGUCUGACUAAAUCAAAUAUAAAAGCAUGUCUGACUCCGUGAAGAACGUCGCCAUCUUUGGGGCCACGGGGAUGACUGGGCUGGCGACGCUGCCGCUGGCUGUGGCUGCAGGCUACAACGUGACGGUGUUGGUGCGGGAUCCCGCCAACCUGCCGGCGGACCACAAGGUGUCCCGGGUGGUGGUGGGAGACGUCCUGAACAAAGACGACGUGAAGAAAACUCUGGAGGGACAAGAUGCUGUCAUCAUCAUCCUGGGCACCAGGAACGACCUCAGUCCAACCACUGUGAUGUCUGAGGGCACGAAGAACAUCAUAGAAGCCAUGAAGGCACGAGGAAUCCGCAAAGUGAUCGGCUGCAUGUCAGUUUUCCUCCUGUGGGAUCGAGCCAAAGUGCCGCCCCGCAUGCUUCCUGUCACCGAGGACCACGACAGGAUGUACACGCUGCUGAAGACCUCGGGACUGGACUACGUGGCCGUCAUGCCUCCUCACAUCGCUGGCGACCUUCCUCUGACUGAGAGUUACAUGGUGUCAGAGACAAUGCAGCGAGGAAGAGCCAUCUCCAAACACGACCUGGGACAUUUCUUCGUCAAAUGUCUGUCCACCUCCGAGUGGGACGGCAAGACAGUGGGAGUUUGGGGAGAAUACAAAUAAUCUAAAAACACACAACAGAAGCUCUGAUCAAAUACCUUACUGAGAUAUAAAUGCCAUUUUUACAUUUUCUCCAAAAUACAUAAAAAAGAGAAUUUGACAUUUAAAAUUUAUACGUGUGUAAAUUCAAAGAAUCAUUCUUGUUUUGGAUUUAUCCAAUCUUUUUAUUAUCUGCUGCUCAUUUAAGACCUUUUUAAUAAAACGUACUAAUCAUUUGCA